CGUGGCGUAACGGAAGUGACAUCACGACGUCAACAUGUAAGAUGGCGACGCAUCACAGGCAGAAUGCAGCGGGGCGCAGGAAAGUGCAGGUGUCAUACGUGAUCAGAGACGAGGUGGAGAAAUAUAAUCGUAAUGGAGUCAACGCACUACAGCUGGAUCCAGCUCUUAACCGGCUCUUCACCGCCGGGCGAGACUCCAUCAUCAGGAUAUGGAGCAUUAACCAUCACAAGCAGGAUCCGUACAUUGCAUCGAUGGAGCAUCACACAGACUGGGUCAAUGACAUCGUCCUCUGCUGCAACGGGAAAACAUUGAUAUCAGCGUCAUCAGACACUACGGUGAAGGUCUGGAACGCACACAAGGGCUUCUGCAUGUCAACACUGCGAACGCAUAAGGACUAUGUUAAAGCAUUGGCAUAUGCUAAAGACAAAGAGCUGGUGGCUUCUGCAGGACUGGACAGACAGAUCUUUCUCUGGGAUGUGAACACACUGACCGCGCUGACCGCGUCCAAUAACACCGUUACUACGUCUUCUCUCAGCGGAAACAAGGACUCCAUCUAUAGUCUGGCCAUGAAUCAGAUGGGGACGGUUAUAGUGUCAGGAUCCACUGAAAAGGUUCUGAGAGUGUGGGACCCGCGAACCUGUGCCAAACUAAUGAAACUGAAAGGACACACGGACAACGUCAAGUCCCUGCUGCUCAACAGAGACGGGACUCAGUGUCUCUCAGGGAGCUCAGACGGGACGAUCCGGCUCUGGUCUCUGGGUCAGCAGAGGUGUAUCGCCACGUACCGCGUUCACGACGAGGGCGUCUGGGCGCUGCAGGUCAACGAGGCCUUCACGCACGUUUACUCCGGAGGCCGCGACCGGAAGAUAUACUGCACAGACCUGCGCAGUCCUGACAUCCGUGUGCUGAUCUGCGAGGAGAAAGCUCCUGUGCUGAAGAUGGAGUUGGACCGCUCGGCUGAUCCGCAUUCGGCCAUCUGGGUUUCCACCACAAAGUCCACGGUUAAUAAGUGGUCUCUGAAGGGUAUCCAUAAUUUCCGAGCGUCUGGUGAUUAUGAGAAUGACUGCAGCGCUCCGCUGACGCCGCUGUGCACGCAGACAGAGCAGCUGAUCAAAGGUACGGCUGUCUGCAUGUGCUUCAGUCAGUCAGUGUUUUACAGGAUCUUCACAUACGUGAAUCUGGGCGGGCUGCUGCUGCAGGCUCUGCUGGAGUACUGGCCUCGCACUCACACCAACCCCACGGACGAGGAGACCGAACUCAAUCAUGGGAGCGUGAACGGUGAGAACGAGAGCCGGAUACAGAAGGGAAACGGAUAUUUCCAGGUGCCGCCGCACACUCCGGUGAUUUUCGGUGAAGCGGGAGGAAGGACGUUAUUCAGGCUGCUGUGUCGAGACUCCGGUGGAGAAACUGAGUCCAUGUUACUCAACGAGACGGUCCCGCAGUGGGUCAUCGACAUCACCGUGGACAAAAACAUGCCCAAAUUCAACAAAAUCCCGUUCUACCUCCAGCCCCAUUCGUCCUCCGGAGCAAAAACAUUAAAGAAGGAUCGUUUGUCGGCCAGUGACAUGUUACAGGUGAGGAAGGUGAUGGAGCACGUGUAUGAAAAGAUCAUAAACCUGGACAGCGAGUCGCAGACGGGUGGUUCGGCCGCAGAGAAACCCAGCGAGCAGAAAGAGGAGGAGGACAUGGCAGUGCUAGCGGAGGAGAAGAUCGAGCUGCUCUGUCAAGACCAGGUUCUGGAUCCCAACAUGGAUCUGCGGACGGUGAAGCAUUUCAUCUGGAAGAGCGGCGGUGAUCUGACGCUCCAUUAUCGGCAGAAAUCCACGUGAGGUCCCGGCCCGUCUGAGGAAACUCCAUUUGUUACACUUCACAUUCAAAGCACACGCUCACCUGCACUUCCCAGUUCUGUCUGACGUCUACAUCAUCUUCCUCGCACGGGCCGCUCGGCUCACGCAUGAUUAUCAAAGAGCAAAUGCGAAGGAGGAUCGCUGGAAAACACGCCGAUGAAUGGCAAAAAGACGUCACAUAAAAGUGU